AAUAUCCCACAAUCGGAGCUGGCUGCAGUCCUUCCUCCCUCAAGUUUCUUCCCAUAGGCUAGCCUAUUCUCUCCGGCCGCAAUCACACACUAUUGGCCCGGUCAGGUGACAGGCUUUGGGGAAGCUGGCCAGCCUCGUUCUCGCUUUCCAUCAUUUAACACGCCAUCGCCAACCGGGAGUGCACGGGAACGGGAUAGAGCAUCGGAUUUAUCGGAAUAUUUUCCAGAUAUCGGACAAAACUGAUUUAGGGUCAACGGCAUGGGCGAGCGAACGGCAUUUCUGCUGUUAUGGGUUGCGACCUUGACGCUGGCAUCUGAGGUGCCUUCUGAUGACUCAGUGGGUCUGCUGGCAGAGCCCCAGGUAGCCAUGUUCUGUGGGAAAUUCAACAUGCAUGUCAACGUUCAGAGUGGCAAGUGGGAGUCGGAUCCCUUUGGCACCAAGAGCUGCAUCGGAACCAAGGAGGGCAUCCUGCAGUACUGUCAGGAGGUGUACCCUGAGCUCCAGAUCACUAACGUGGUGGAGGCCAACCAGCCAGUCAGCAUUCAGAGCUGGUGCAAGAAGGGACGCAAGAAGGGACGCAAGGAGUGUAGCAGUCACACACACAUCGUGGUGCCCUACCGCUGCCUGGUUGGAGAGUUUGUGAGUGAUGCCCUGCUGGUUCCUGAUAAGUGCAAGUUCCUGCAUCAGGAGAGAAUGGACAUGUGUGAGAGCCACCUGCACUGGCACACCGUGGCUAAAGAGUCCUGCGGCGACCGCUCCAUGAAUCUCCAUGACUACGGGAUGCUGUUGCCAUGCGGCAUCGACCGUUUCCGGGGGGUGGAGUUUGUGUGUUGCCCAGCGGAGACACAGCGCGAGUCAGACAGUGUGGAGCUGACUGAGUCUGAUGUGUGGUGGGGUGGAGACGAGACUGAAUAUACCGAUAACAACAUGCCUCGCCAGGCGGAUCAGGGGGCUGUCACCACUGAGGAGGAUGACGAAGAGGAUGCCUUUGACAGAGACGAGGACGGAGAUGGUCUUGAGGAUGAUGAUGAUGAAGACGAUGAGGAUGACGUGACCGAUGAACGGGACAGUGGUGAAGGCACCUCCAACAUUGCCAUGACAACCACCACCACGACCACCACUGAGUCGGUUGAGGAAGUCGUUAGAGAGGUGUGUUGGGCGCGUGCUGAGUCGGGCCCGUGCCAUGCCAUUCUGGAGCGUUGGUACUUCGUGCCAGAGAAGGGCACCUGUGCCCCCUUCCUCUUUGGAGGGUGUGGGGGCAACCGGAAUAACUUUGACUCAGAGGAGUACUGCCUGUCUGUCUGCAGCACCAGUGUGUUGCCUACCACGGCCCCCUCCCCCCCUGGCGCGGUGGACCGUUACCUGGAGUCUCCCGGAGACGACAGCGAACACGCCAACUUCCAGCAGGCCAAGGAGAGUCUGGAGGCCAAGCACCGCGAGAGGAUGUCUCAGGUGAUGAGAGAGUGGGAGGAAGCAGAGAGACAAGCCAAGAGUCUCCCUCGCGCUGACAAGAAGGCAGUCAUCCAGCACUUCCAGGAGAAGGUGGAGGCCCUGGAGCAGGAGGCAGCAGGAGAGAGGCAGCAGCUGGUGGAGACCCACAUGGCCCGGGUGGAGGCCCUGCUCAACAGCCGCCGCCACAUGGCCCUGGAGAACUACCUCGGCUCCCUGCAGGCCAACCCACCCAGGCCUCGUCAGGUGCUUGGCCUGUUGAAGAAGUAUGUCCGUGCAGAACAGAAGGACAGACAACACACCCUGAAACACUACGAGCACGUCCGCAUGGUGGACCCCAAAAAGGCUGCUCAGAUCCGACCCCAGGUGAUGACACACCUGCGUGUGAUUGACGAGAGGAUGAACCAAUCCCUGGGGCUGCUCUACAAGGUGCCCAGCGUGACCAAUGAAAUCCAAGACCAAGUUUCUGUCCUGAUGCAGAGGGUUCAGUCAGAGCUGUCUCAGCAAGUCUCAUCUCUGCAGAGCGAUGGGAGGAGUGAUGGCAGGGUGAGCUAUGGAAACGAUGCCCUGAUGCCCGACCAGGCUUACAGCUCUGCCCCUCUGGACCCUGGCAUGGGCCUGGAUCGACUGGGCUUCAUCCACCCAGAGAGCUUCAAUCAGCCCAACACUGACAACCACGUUGAUCCUGUUGAUGCUCGUCCAGUCCCAGAUAGAGGUCUGCCCACUCGGCCUGUGUCUGCUCUGAAGCCUGAGGAGGUUCCUGAGGUGCGGGUGGAGAAGGAGGAGCGGCAAAGCGCCAGCUAUGAAGUGCAUCAUCAAAAACUGGUGUUCUUUGCUGAGGAUGUAGGCUCCAACAAGGGUGCCAUCAUCGGCCUGAUGGUGGGCGGCGUUGUCAUAGCGACAGUCAUCAUCAUCUCUCUGAUUAUGCUGAGGAAGAAGCAGUAUACCUCCAUCCACCACGGAAUCAUCGAGGUGGAUGCUGCAGUGACCCCAGAGGAGCGUCACCUGUCCAAGAUGCAGCAGAAUGGCUAUGAGAACCCCACCUACAAGUUCUUCGAACAGAUGCAGAACUAAGGAGCUACCCUUUGACCCCUCCCAGACCCUGAAUUUCCUUUAACCCCUCACACCUAGGGCCUGUUCCAUUUUGGUCCAUAAACCCCUCACACCUAGGGCCCGUUCCAUUUUGGUCCAUAAACCCCCCACACCUAGGGCCUGGUCCAUUAAACCCCCACACCUAGGGCCCGUUCCAUUUUGGUCCAUAAACCCCUCACACCUAGGGCCCGUUCCAUUUUGGUCCAUAAACCCCUCACACCUAGGGCCCGUUCCAUUUUGGUCCAUAAACCCCUCACACCUAGGGCCUGUUCCAUUUUGGUCCAUAAACCCCUCACACCUAGGGCCCGUUCCAUUUUGGUCCAUAAACCCUUCUAACUCCUACUCUAUUGCUGUCAAUGGAUCUGAAAGGACUGAGUAGGUGAAACCAGUAUGACUGAAGUGCCAGAAAAAUCUAGAAUGAAUUGUGUUCGAAAUAGUUGUAGUCAUAUUACUUCCAGCUAUCCAGGGGUAGUGCCAAGGAGCUGGGGGCUGAAAUACAACCUAGCCACACUCACCCUUCAUCCUUUCCUCGUAAAGUGCAGCACAUCAACAUUCAUAGCUGCUAUUGGUCAGACAAGGAUAUCCUCAUUCACCUGCAUAUUUUUCUAUAAUAUCCUGUAGUGUUUGUACAGAACAGAGAAGCUCAUUGAUUGAUUCAUCUGUCCGUCUAUCUGUGGGUGAGCCCUCCCCCUCAGGAUAGCACUCGCAGGUCUAAGAGGGUGAAACAGAGGCCCCCAAAUAUCCCUGCAAUCUUCCUGACGCACUCUGACGCACUCUCCCCUCCCCCUCCAUCUCUCCCACACACUCUUCUCCCCUCCCACUCUCUCAGAUGACAGCUGUGCUGUGUUUAGUGAUGACAUAACAGCUCUUAACACUAGCGAAGGGAGGAGGGGCUCAGUCUGCCCUGAGCUCCUCUCUGGGAUUAUACCACAAGGGAGGAGGGGCUCAGUCUGCCCUGAGAUCCUCUCUGUGGGAUUAUACCACAAGGGAGGAGGGGCUCAAUCUGCCCUGAGCUCCUCUCUGUGGGAUUAUACCACAAGGGAGGAGGGGCUCAGUCUGCCCUGAGCUCCUCUCUGUGGGAUUAUACCACAAGGGAGGAGGGGCUCAGUCUGCCCUGAGCUCCUCUCUGUGGGAUUGUACCACAAGGGAGGAGGGGCUCAGUCUGCCCUGAGC